GUCAAAUUAAAAAAGAACACAUAGAGUAGACCUGAUAAGGCCCUAUCGAACCAAAAAAGUUCAGUGCACACGCGAUUUGGAAUUUCUUUCUUCUCCGUAAUGCGCUAGCAGGGCUAAACGUCUCACGUCAGUUGCUGCUAUCACUCCCUGUAGGAAACUGUGGGAGAAGCCUCGAGUGAUCCAAAUAGAGUUAUGGAUUCCGUACGAGACGUGGUGUUCAAGAAAUCAGAGAGCCUUGACGACACCUGCUCGAAAAUCGAGGGCUACGAUUUCAAUCGCGGCGUUGACUACCCUCAGCUACUGAAGUCGCUGCUUGCCACUGGCUUUCAAGCAUCCAACCUCGGAGAAGCCAUCCAAAUCGUUAAUGAAAUGCUUGAUUGGAGGCUCUCUCAUGAACCUCUAACGGAAGAUUGCAACGAGGAGGAGAAAGAUCCUGCUUAUAGAGAAUCUGUGAAGUGCAAAAUCUUCUUAGGCUUCACUUCCAACCUUGUUUCUUCUGGUGUUCGAGACACAAUCCGUUAUCUUGUUCAGCAUCACAUGGUUGAUGUAGUGGUUACAACAGCUGGUGGUAUUGAGGAAGACCUUAUAAAAUGUCUAGCACCAACUUACAAAGGUGAUUUUUCUUUGCCUGGAGCUGUACUACGGUCUAAGGGAUUGAACCGUAUUGGUAACUUGUUGGUUCCCAAUGACAAUUAUUGCAAAUUUGAAGACUGGAUCAUCCCAAUUUUAGAUCAGAUGUACGAAGAGCAAAUCAAUGAGGGUGUAUUAUGGACACCAUCUAAAGUUAUUUCUCGUUUGGGCAGAGAAAUUAAUGAUGAGAGCUCAUAUUUAUACUGGGCAUACAAGAACAAAAUUCCAGUUUUCUGUCCUAGUUUAACUGACGGCUCUCUAGGAGACAUGCUAUACUUCCAUUCUUUCAAAAAAGAAGAUCCUGAUAAUCCAGAUCGAAAUCCAGGUCUAAUCAUUGACAUUGUGAGAGAUAUCAGGGCAGUGAAUGGUGAGGCUGUUCAUGCCGGUUCUAGGAAGACUGGAGUGGUCAUCCUUGGUGGAGGAAUGCCCAAACAUCAUAUUUGCAAUGCCAAUAUGAUGCGAAAUGGUGCAGAUUUUGCGGUUUACAUCAACACAGCCCAGGAGUUUGAUGGAAGUGAUUCUGGUGCGCGUCCCGAUGAAGCUGUGUCGUGGGGAAAGAUACGUGGUGGUGCAAAAACUGUCAAGGUACAUUGUGAUGCAACCAUUGCUUUUCCCCUUUUGGUGGCUGAGACAUUUGCGACCAAAGUCUGAAGUUAUUCAUUGACAAAUGUUGUUGCAUACUUGCAUUAGUGUCAUGACAAUUUUCACAGAGAAGGAGCUCGAGAUGAGGGGUGGUGCCCCUUCACUCCUCCACUGAUUUUUGUGCAAUAUAAUACCCUCUCUUCCAAAAACAACUUCACACUUUGACUAUCACACAUUUUUAGGUAGAUUAAAUUUUGGGUUUGACUUACCUAAAAUGGCCUCAAGCCUUGCGGCUACAACAAAUAAAGGGAAAGGGGGUAAUGAAGAGUAAUGAG